AAAUUUGUUAUCUUGGUGAACGUAAUUCAGGAAAAAUGAAAAUUUUUGAUGUAUUUUUCUGUUUUUCUGCAACGUAAAUCGUCUGUAAAUUUAUUAUGUUUUUCAAUUUAUCGCUUUGCUAGUAUUUCAAUAAAUUUCCGUCAUCUUGUACAACUUCAUAAUGUCCAGUAGCAGCGAUAAUGAAGAAUUUUUCGACGCUGAAGAAAGCAAUAGUAGCCCAGUAACCAAAAAAGAAAACGAACAGCAGCAAAAUGUCUUCGUUAAACCUGCUCGACGAUCAACUAAGUUAUCAUCGGAUUCUGAAUUCACCUCGGACCUAACUUUAAGGCCUUCUCAUUCUGCUAAAGAUGCCAAUAAAAAGGAUGCGUUGAGUAAUAAUCAAAAAGACAAAAACAGCUGGAACAAAUUUAAGGAGUUACGUCAACGUAUGCAAAACGAAGAAGAAGACGGCGCAGUCAGUAAUAACUCUCCUGUGGACAGUCAAGUAUCUUCAGUUGACGAUGUGUUCACUGGUCCUUCGAAUAAAAUGUUACAUCCAUUCAGAGUCAUAGAACACGAUACGCUUUCGGUACAGAGUAUGACAUCUUUAGGACGUGUGGGACGUAUACUUAGCGGAAAUUCGGAACAAAUUACAGUUGAUAAUCGUGAAGAACAACCUGCUACAGUUACCGGUUCAACGGAUACUCUAAUUGAAAACACGGCUCCAUCGGAGAAAGUGAAACCAACUCGAAAACCAUCUGUGGAAAAAAUCGAAGAAACACCCCAAGACUCGUCGUCCUCUUCUUUACCCAAAUUACAAGAGCCAGAUGUGAUAGCCAGUACAAAGAAUUCGAAUUCCUUUAUUCGUCCGGAAACGCCACCUUCGCAGUCUACUUCGGAACCAGCGCCGGUCGCUCCUCCUAGACGUAAAAAGAAGCUCAAAGCUGCUCUACAGCAAUCGGUGACUGUGCCUUUGCAACGUUCAGAAUCUGUUUCAAUUGCUUCGAGCAAGGAGAACAUUCCUAUGUAUAAUUCCCAAACAACUAUUGAAAAUUUAACCAAAGAAUUAGAACAUUCAUUAGAUAUAAAAUUGGCUUCGAAAGGAGAAUAUGUCGUUAAACCUCAGGAUGAUGAAAGUAAACGAGCAGAAAGUAUCGAUAGCCCAAACGAAGUUUACGAACCUUCUAAAAAUAAAUUUUCUGCUUGCUGUGGAAGUGGCACCUACCCCUUACCAAACUCUAAUUGUAGCUCUAGUCUGGCAAGAAAUAGCAGCACGUAUCCGUUAUCUUCUGCGAGUAGCCAUAGUGUUGGUGGCACAAGAGCUGGACUAGGUUUAAGAUUCGGCGUCAGCCCACAACGCAAUAAAGAACGACGGAAAAGCACCGGCGACGAGAACUCGAUCCCUCAACAGUUGAAUAUGUUUGUAAGAACACGAACCGAUUCCGGAAAACAGCUCACUGAUAUGGAAAUAUUAGAACAAGUUACGGUAUUGAAUUUAGAUACCGGAGAACGAGUUCCAUUGAGCAUAGCUGAAGACAAAUUACCCCAGUGCAUGAAUCCUUUAUCCCUUCACAUAAUGCGUCUAACAUCCGAAUACGUCAGCAAUUCGAGUCUAGAGAAAAGGAAAGAAUCCGACGAAGAAAGUAUAGAUAGUAAAAAAUCAUUCGCCACUACUACAGACGGCGAUCAAGAUUCGGUAACUGUGAUGAAACGAACCGCUAAAUUAAAACGAUUCCUCGGCUCAACUGUUCGUAAGACUGUCAGCAAAGCUAAAACUAUCGCUCAAGAAGUAUCGCAUGUUCGCCACAAAGAAGACAUUACAGAUAUUCGUGACGACGUUAACCAACAAAAUGAACCCUUCAAAUUACGUGCAUCGAAUAGUCAUAAAGGUCCCUUUGAAUUUUUAGCCCUACAGCAUGUCCAGGAAUUCAGCGGAGAACACGUUGGUCCGGUCUGGUGUAUGAAAUUCUCAUCUUGCGGAAGAUUGUUAGCUACCGCGGGACAAGAUCGUAUCUUGAGAAUUUGGGUAAUACGCAGCGCGUAUACUUACUUUCAAGAGAUGAGAACCAAGUACAACGCGGAAAAAUCAUCGCCAACUCCGUCGCAAGAAUCUUUAGUGUCUCAACAUUCCGUCGAUGAUCCGAAUUCAACCUUAGGCGAAGGUGCUGGAUCAUCCGGAGCCGACGAAAAUACUCCUUUUAUGCCGAAACCAUUUUGCACGUAUACUGGUCAUACUUCGGACUUAUUAGACGUAUCUUGGUCUAAAAAUUAUUUCGUUCUUUCGUCCUCGAUGGAUAAAACUGUUCGUUUAUGGCAUAUUUCUAGAAAAGAAUGUUUGUGUUGUUUUCAACAUAUCGAUUUCGUUACCGCCAUUUGUUUCUUACCGAAAGACGAUAGAUAUUUUUUGAGUGGCUCCUUGGAUGGCAAACUCAGACUGUGGAACAUUCCCGAUAAAAAGGUAGCCGUGUGGACGGAAAUUGAUGGUUCGACUAAAUUAAUUACUGCGGCUAAUUUUUGCCAAAAUGGAAAAUUCGCCGUUGUUGGAUCGUACGACGGACGAUGUAUAUUUUAUAACACCGACCAGCUUCGAUAUCAUACCCAAAUUCACGUUCGUUCAACUCGAGGAAAAAAUUCCAGAGGUCGUAAAAUCAGCGGAAUAGAACCGAUGCCUGGCGAAGAUAAGAUUUUAGUCACUUCGAACGAUAGUAGAAUUCGAUUGUACGAUUUAAUCGACUUGAAUUUAUCUUGUAAAUAUAAAGGAUAUGUCAACGUAAGCAGUCAAAUUAAAGCAAGUUUCAGCCACGAUGGUAAAUUCAUCGUAUGCGGAUCAGAAAACCAAAGCAUUUAUAUAUGGAAAACCCACCACGACUAUUCGAAAUUCCCAUCUGUCCGAAGAGAUCGAAACGAUUUCUGGGAAGGUAUCAAAGCUCACAAUGCGGUCGUUACUUGCGCAAUUUUCGCUCCCAAUCCGAGUGUAAUUAUUCAACAGCUGGAAGAAAAAAAGAAAGAAGCUGAAGCGCAAAGCGACGAUCCUUUAUUAUCUCAGCAUACCCAAGGAGCGCAAGGAUACGUUUUAGUGAGCGCCGAUUUCAAUGGUUGUAUUAGAGUUUUCUUAAAUAAAACCAAACCGAAGCAUAGCUCAUUGCCCGCGUCGGCUUUAGCUUAAAUUUCUAUUCGUGUGGGGAUUUGUUUCACUAGUCAUCGUCGUAGAAAAGUGUACUUUUAAUUUUACCAAAGACGAGGAGGGAAAUGGGUUAAUUUUAACUAUCUAUUUUCGUUUUACUGGUGCGGAAUAUUUUACUUUUAAAUUUUCAAUUGUGUAUUUUAUUUCUAUUUUAUAAAAUUAACUAAGUUUAACACGAUUGUCGGCCUAUCGAACAAUUCAACUGUUUCAAUUUUUAAAAUAUUUUUAUAGUCGAGUUCCAUUAUGUUAUAAGAACGUGGUAAUUUUAGCGUAUUUAUAAUUUUUGAGCUUCCGAUUUAUUCUGUUUUUAACAUUGUAAAACCCGUAUUAAAAAUGUGUUACCAUAAUAUUUAUUUUGUUAUUCGAAAAGGUGUAAUUAUUGGGAGAAUUAAAUAAAUAUGCACAUAAU